UCGAACAACAACAGACAAUGAAUGAAUGAAUUGAAUUGAAGCUGUAAUGUGAACAUCAUUUCUUUUUUUCUGAUUGUUUGACUCAUAGUGUGAUCAAGUUUCUUGUUACAUCAUUUUGUUUCUUAUUGAUUCUUUGUUUUCCAUUUUUUUUUGUUGUUGAAAAUUCUAUUGAUCUCAAUCAGUCGCCAAUAAUGGUCAAUUUACUUCGUUUAUUCUCAGCCAUAAUCAUCACCAUAUUUGUAUUAUGUAUUCAGCAGCCAUCAAUUGUCAAUUGUGAUACAUGGAUUACAUUGUGGAAUAAACUCAAUAUGCCAGUAGAAAUUCAAUGUUUUCGUGAUUCAGCAAUGAAAGUUAGAAAAUUUAAAAAGAAAAUUAUCGAACCAGAUGAUCGUUAUGAUAUUAAGGGGAAAUAUCCACAAAAAUCAAUGAAAAAAUUUUAUCGCCAUUGGUGUGAAGUAAAAACCGAUGAUAAUAUUUCCAUUAUGUUUGACGUAUUUGGUGGUAAAAAUAAAAAAAUCAAUAAAAUGUCUGAUUCUUAUUCGGAUUGGAUCAUAAAUUCUGGCGGCAUUUAUCGUUUCCGUAAGGGACAAUUAUUUAUGUAUUAUGGUAAAAAUUGGCUCGGCGAAGAACAUAAUAUUGAAGAUGAUUUAGCCGGUACACCGGAAAAAGAAUUGCAUCCAGAAGAUUUUGUUUUCAUUGCACCGGUUGAUAUUGAUUUAAAAACGGCUAAAAUGCCAAUCGAUCAGCAACGAUUUGCCAUUACAAAAGCUGAAUAUGCAGCAUUGAAAUUUGAAAAUCCCAAAGAUAUGGCUCGAUACGUGAAAGCGGCAAUGAAAAAACGUUUCGGUUCAUUUUGGGAAGUAUUCAUCGAACAAAAAAUGUCAAAUAAAACCGUAAAACGUACUUGUGAUUCGAAAUUUGUAAUGAAUUUUUCCGUCAAUGAUUUAGCAUUUAUUGUUUGUCGUGUAAUGAGAUAAAAUCGAAUCUGAUCUUGAUGCAGUGUCUAUUUCUUCCCUGAACAACAACUCGAUUCCGUUAACUCGUUUUUUGUUUUUUUUGAAUUUUGAUUUUCAAAAAAUAAAAAAUUCAUUUUCAUCAUCA